UCACUUGAACUUGAGCCGAUAGCGAAGGUCGGUCUAAAAGAGCGAGAGUGAUUUGCAAAUUAUUAUUAUUCGUUAUUUAUUUAUGCAUUUAUAAAGUGGAAUUUUGAUACUCCUUUUCACUGAGCAGUUUUGAAUAGUUUUGAUAAGGCCAAGAAAUACGUAUAAGUAUCAAGUUCUACUUGUGAAUAAUAGUUUUGAUAAUGUUAAUGAUCCACAUUUUCAAUCUUGGGAGCUUAACUUGAGCUGUCUUUGGGCAAAGUUACUUCAACCGUCUUCUUAUCAUUGUUUUUGGGAGUGGCGCAUCAGUCAGAGGAUAAUAUACACAGAUUUUAUAAAUAAAUAUUUAUUUUACGACAGGAGGUAUAAUAGUUAAAGAUGAUCUCAUACCUGUUAAUAUUUAUUGUUGGAUUUGACUGCAUGACGUCAUGUGAUGGUGGAAUUGUUGGAUCAAAGUCAAAAUCUCCACAUUUUCGAGGGACGUUAUCGACAAAUGCAAGUUUAUGUGAUGCCAUGACCUCUGCGACAGGGACAGUGUCGUCAACACUUGGGACAGCAUUUGAUAUUGGAAAUAAUGUGAUUUGUACUGUUCAAAAUGAGUGCCGAAGAUUAGAGUGUAUAUCAUCAAAUAAAGAAGAGUCAUCAGAUGAUCAAUUAAGUCUCAGGUUUCGUAUUGAAGUAAACAUUUGUCAAAUAGAACAACCGUCCGUACAGUUUAGAGCGGAUGGGAAAUCACUUCUGGGCGAAAAUUUCUUUUUGACAAUCCCUUUGGUCUCGAGAAAAACUGGUCGACAUAAGAUCAGUGAAGUAUCACACAGGAACAUAGUUCUGAAAGUGGCCACCUUGUCAAAAUCAAAAGAUGAUGAAAAACCACAAUAUAUUUUUACAUCAAGUCUCCAAUCAUGUGAAACCAAAGACGAAAUCUCUUGCUUAUUUCUCCCCUUAUUAAACUUGCCUUAUCAUCAUAUCAACGCCUGUGAUCACUCCAAGACCAAGCAUCUCUUCUCAAGACAUAGAUCUAGUCGCAGUACAUCUGCAGAAAUGCAUACUCGACGUUUAGUAUAUAAUAAUGACACUACUAAUCGAUUAGGCCAGCCUUGUGACUUUAGCAUGCUAUCUUGUGGGAGUGGUGGGGCCUGUGUCAACAAGGAUGGGAAAGGUGUCUGUGAAUGCAAUGAUUUCUAUGUGCCUGCGCCCAAUGGCACUUGCGUCCAUCCAACAAUCGCCCCUGUUACUCCUACUCCAGAAACUGGAGGCGCCUCCACAGCACUGGAUGCCCUUUUGAUAAUCUGUGUCCUAAUCGCCCUUGUAAGUGGAGCUGUGUAUCUUGGUAGGAAAUAUCAAAUAUUUCAACGUAUUCGAAGCCGGCUCCCUUUGUCAUUGAGAUGCUGGCCAUUCCCAAUGUUUCGACGCCAACAGACGCAGGAUGACAAUUUGGCGUUUGCUGUUCCGCUGGAUUGAGAUCCAAACUAAGGUCGUCGUGUCAUUUAUAUAAUUUAGAUGUUUUUUUGUGAUCUGAUGUUUUAUUUUUACGGUUUUUUUUAUACAAACUUUAACCCUUAGAGUAUCUAGCAAUAAUAUCGUAAUCACAGUUAUUAUGAUUAGAUACUCUAAGCUUUAACCGUAAUUAUUUUUAAAGAAAAUAUUAUUACGGUAUACAUAAAGUCCAUUUUUAGUCUGAAUAUUAUGCUCAUAAUUUAAGAACGUUCAGCUCAUCAUGCCAGUUACCUUUUACACCUCGCAUACAUAAUAAGUAAAAUAUGCAAGUUUUAUGUCAGUUAUUGUAUUUUAUGUGUUUAAUCUCAACUUUAUUCAAACUUGGUGUCUAAUAAAAAUUAAUUUUGCAUUGUA